AUGUCGUCCGACUCGAAGACCUCCAAGUCGAUUUUUGCGAAGCCGCCAGUCAAGAUCGUCGUGGGUAGUGACGAGCGCGUUUACUAUGUCCACCGUGGUACACUCGAGGUCCACCCCGCAUUCGAUGCCCGACUGAAGGCCUCAACUGACGAAUAUGAGGAGGCCAUUGAUUGGAGUGGUUUUGAUGAGCAAACCAUUGAUUGUGUAUUGAGUUUCCUUUACAGUGGAGGCUAUCAAGCACCUCAAGCGACCUCUGUGACAGCUGAAGAUGGUGAGGCAGAUGCGGGGGAAGAGGCCCCAGCGCAAGAUGGAGAGGAACAAGAAGAACCAGAGCAGGAAGAACAAGAAGUAAUGGUAGAUGAGGCAGACGAAGCGGAUGAAGAAGACGAACAACCGUCACCACCUGAUAGCCCACAGCCGCAAGCUUCAUGGCCACAGUCACCAACCCCAAUGUUUCGUCCACGUGCAAGGUCACUGUCACCAGUUGCAGAGCCCUCCCUAGCUCCAGACUCUCCACCAACCCAGGCCCUAUCAGAGUGCGACCUUAAUGACCGACCUCUGACUCCUUUGGAAUACUGCGAUGGGGUCACUCUGGCAACAGAGCACGACUCGGCCCAAAAGGUCGCAGACCACGAAAAGCAAGACCAAGAUGAAGAAGAGCCCGAACAAGAAACCGAGGGAAACACGGCCGCGGAGAUUUAUCUCCACGCGAAAGUCUAUUCCUUCGCAAGUCAACUCGACUUCGCGAAACUGGAGCAAUUUGCCUUGAAUCGUCUGGCCCAGGUUCUUGUUGCUCUGGAGCAAACAGACAAGGCCCCAUUCCCGUACUUGGUGGAUGCAAUCCGAUUGAUCUACAAAACCACCAGUACGGUUGAUGAUGCGAGGAACUUGCUAUCCCAGUUUGUGGCGCUGCGGUACACCACUCUGGUUGGUGAGGAUCUGGACGAACUUAUCACCGAGGGAGGAGAGUUUGUGGUUGAUCUGUCGCAUAAGCUUGCUCGGAAGCUGACGACCAUCGCAACGGCGUUUAAGAGGGUUGAAUAUCUUACUCAUAAAAAUGAGGAGUUGAAGGCGGAAAGUGCAGAGAAAGAUAAAGAGUUGAAGGCUCUGAGGGAGGAGGCUAGGCAUGGACCGACACGGGGGUUUCCGGCUUACACAUAUCAGAUUUGA